UGCAUGUCGGAUAAUUGUUAUAUUAUGACACCUACUUGGUCUAGACAGACUCUGUGGUUUUAAAAACGUAUAUCAAUAUCAGAAAUAUAUCACAUCAUAUCAGAAAUUAGUACACCACACUGUGUACACCACACUGUGCAUUAUUAUUAUUAUUAUUAUUAUUAUUAUUAUUAUUAUUAUUAUUAUUAUAAAAUCUUUUUCUGGGUUUCCCAAGACUUCCCAUAAAUACCUCUGUAGGAUGAACAACAGCAAACUGCUCAUAAUUUUGAAGUACUGUGUGGCAAGUGGAUUCCCAGUGCUCCCAGGAGUUACAUUACAGCUCAAUCAAAUAUUAAGAACAAAAUGUGUUCUCUCAGACAGAUUCAUUACAUAUAAUGAUAUCACCAGCUCAUAGACAUUUAUGGAAAAUCACGGGAAAUACCAGGCAAAGUGAAAAUGGUAUAUGAGCAACAUCUUAUAACAUCAGAUAAUAACAUCAGAUAAUAAUCUCUGUAGUAGCUGGAAAGCCGAGCAGGUAGAAGCUCUGAGUUAGACAUUUUGUAGAAGCAUUUUUUAUUUUUAUUACGAGAGAAGGGUGUGAUUUGGGUUACAGAAAAAAGUGGCAUUUUUCAGUGGACCUGUUUAUUGGAUGUUUGCGCUUUAAACAUCACCAGAAACUAAAGGCACCACACGACUCAAUCAUGUGCACCCAGAUAAGCACCCAACAGACAAUAUUCAUCUUUCUACUGAUGGUUCUUCCAGUGUCUCUAAUAUCUAAUGACCAUAAACUACUGAAUGUGAAAGAUCCCGUCCUGCUCACCUGCAACAAGUCCUGUGCAGGGGAUGUGAAAUGGAUGCUUUCGAGUCGGCCUGGUCUAAUUGUGAGUGAGUGUAGGAGUGGCGUUUGUGUUGAAGGCAACGCUUUUAAGAAACGAACAAGGCCUGUUCAUGGAAAAGCGUCUCUUCACCUGAACCAUGUCAAGUACAACGACAAGGGCUGGUACAUCUGCUACUGUGACACCUUAGAGAUCUGCCAGUUCUAUCUGGAUGUAGUGUUUUCUAGUGUUAAAAGCGUUCGUGUUGGAGCCGAUGUGAUUCUUCCCUGCUACGCGGCUACAAACAAGACGAUCGCUGACAACGACAUCAGAGUUCAGUGGGAAAAAAAUGGCAGAACUGUCGUGAAGCUUCAAAAGGGGAAGAUGAGCUACGGUCCAGGUUUCAAAGGUCGUGCCUUCGUUACAAUGAACCAGUAUAAAAAUGGAGCUCUGUCCCUGACCAUUCUCAAUGUCCAGCAGUCUGACCAAGGAAUAUAUCGCUGUAAACACAGACAUGAGGAAGCAGGUCAACCAGAGGCCGUCACUCUCAGCGUCAAUGAGUGUGAAGCACUAAAGCAGUCCGUAUUCCCAUGGUGGGGAAUUCUUUCUGUGCUAAAUUAUAUAUAUUUUUGGAAAUAAUUGAGAUUAGACGAGCAAAGGAGCUCUCAAAGCUUCAAGAAGUCGUCACAAAGUCGUCAAGAAGUCAUCAAGGAGUCGACAACUCGGGAGUUGACCUUAAGAAAAGCGAGUAAUACACUGGGACUGGAAGUGUGAACAGAGAAUCUGAUACAUAGGGGAAUAAACAUUGACAGUUUAAUCACUAUGACAAUGAAAACCAACUCCAUUGGGUGCCAUGAGGUAUUGAUUGAAAUAAGCAACUCUGACAAAGAUUUUAAAGGUUUGAGGGGUUUACACUCGUCCUGAGAAAGACGAAAGCAGAUGUUGAGCACUCACAUGCCAUAGUGUACUGUACAUGAAUUCAAAGAGCUUAUGAAAUCAUCUUAUACUAUGCGAUACAGUCAUGAGUAACUUUUAAUGUUGUGCCGAUCAUUUUUCAUGUAAAUGGAAUUGAUGAUGUUGUUCUUAUCGUGUACAUUAAAUCUGUGUUUUGAUUCUGAAAAA